GCACCUGCAGUCUUUUCGUUAUUUCGUCGAGAAAGAAGUCAGGGGCUUUGGAAGAUGUCGGGUCGCGGCAAGACAGGCGGGAAGGCACGAGCCAAGGCCAAGUCCCGUUCUUCCAGAGCCGGGCUGCAGUUUCCCGUGGGCAGAGUCCAUCGGCUGCUGCGCAAGGGAAACUACGCCGAGCGCAUCGGCGGCGGAGCGCCCGUUUAUUUGGCCGCGGUGCUCGAGUACCUCAGCGCCGAGAUCCUGGAGCUGGCCGGCAACGCAGCCAGGGACAACAAGAAGAGUCGGAUCGUCCCGCGCCACUUGCAGUUGGCGGUGCGCAACGAUGAGGAGUUAAAUAAGUUGCUGGGCGGUGUGACCAUCGCGCAGGGCGGAGUCUUGCCCAACAUCCAUGCCGUCUUGCUGCCCAAGAAGACCGAAGCUCUGCAUAGCGCGGCCGCCGCCAAGGCCGCGGCCAAACCCGUAACCAAGGCCGCCAAAGGGACCAAAAUGGCCCUCAAGGCCAGCAUCGCGCCCGUUGCAGUUCAGUAAGGAGCAAAUGGCAAAAAGUCCUGCCGAGGGCGACCAAAUAUCCAGACCCAAAGGCUCUUUUCAGAGCCACCUACAACGCUCAUGGAAGAACGA